AUGGAAUCCUUCAUCCAUUUAUUCGAAACACCAUCAGGGAGCGGAACACAGAAAGCCCGGGCUUCAAUGCCGGAGUGCCUGCCGCCCCUGCCUCCGGAGGUUAGUAGGUAUUUUCGUUUAGGUACAAGCUUGAUUUCCUCAGUUUAAUAUGAUUCUGUACUUGAUGAUUUGCAGGUUGAAGAAGGAAACGUAGAGUAUAAGGUGAGUUCUUCAGCAUGGUUCUGACCUGGGUCUCAAACUGGAUGAGGUUUCCUUGUCAAGCGGGAAAAAUUCUAAGCUUGGAAAUUGCAAACGGUUUUCAUCAUUUCGUUCUAGUUGAUCACUGUUGGAAUAGAACUGAAACGGUUGCAGUUGUUAUCGAGGAAAUUCGCCAUUAGAAACUUUCGAUGCUACUUUUUAGUAUGAUGAUGAGGUAAUAUUUUACCUGGAUGCGCCAUCUCCAAAAUAGUGCUUCGUGGCAAUAUUGUUGCUGGGGACUUUGAAUAGUCUGAAUGUAUUAAAUUUAAGCCCGCCCGCUCGAGCGAGAGGUGAAUGUUUCCGAAAGGAAGAGAGAUUUAUUAAGAAAGUGAAAUUGAAGUCGAGGAACACCUGGACCCUGGUGUUGAUUUAGUUGGAUGGAAUAUCUAAGUUUUGUUCUGGGGAGUUUCCUUGAACGAGGAAAAAAAUUCUAAGUAUUCAACUGAAAAAAAAUGGCGGUGGGAAUCGAGUUUCUAACAUUACCGUCUUGAAAUAAAGUUGGUACCCGUUAACUCCCAAGAUCUGAUUCAUGAUCCUUCCUUCUGGCAACUACAAAUUUCUCUUUAAAGUAGUUAACUUUUUAACUCCCAUGAGUGACCAAGACAGAAUUUCUCUUUACAAUAUCAAUACAAUAUCAAGCAUAGAGGUGAUGAGAAUAAAGUAAAUUAUAUAAUAAGCUCAGUUAUGCACGCAUUCUGAUUGGUUCUCACCUAUGAUCUAUAGGAGGACAGACGUAUAGAUGACAUCAUCAUAAAAACUUUUUAAAAUUCUUUAUUAUAUAAAACAAAUAGAUUCCAAGUUGCCUUGCGUCUGUUCAGUAAGAUCACAGAUGAUGUCAAAAUGUGGUAAGAACAUCAGUGACACACUCGGCUGCACCUCAUACGCCACUUUUCUGUUCUUACCACAUUUUGACGUCAUCUGUGAUCUAUUACUGAACAGACUCACGGCAACUUGGAAUCUAUUUGUCAAUUGUUAAAAUGUUAGUCACUACUAUUGCCAACAAUCCCUCUCUGGACUACCCUCAUGCAGGUGAUCACACUUAACACAAUCAGAUGUUACUCUUAGUUUAAAAUAACUUAAACAGCCCCAGGGAUAAAAGAGAAUGAAUGAUAUGCACUGUUUAAUGCAGUAAUCUUCUUGACAACUUUAUCAGACCAAAACGAUAUUAUUCUAUUUAAUCGUAGAAAUAUUCCGUUAUGUUCUACUGUAAAUAAUAUAUAGAUUUAGCCAAGCCUAAAAGCGGAGCUCGCAUUUUUUUUCCUGCACGUCUCAAGGGCACGAUGCCUUGCCCCGGCCAAGACUAGAACCGGGGUUGUCCAACUCAGAGCCCAGUGCACUGACCACUGGACUACUGAACAAAGCUGUGGCAUUGGCAUGCCUUCAGUACAGUUGACCACGCAUGUUAAAAGUAGCACCUUGUACGGUCAUACGGUUGUACAUCCAAAUUUUUUUGGCUUGAUGGGUUACUACUAUUUUGUAUGAUUAUGGGGCUACACUCUGUGAGCUCCACUACUAGUCCCUCCUAUUUUGUUUCCUGAUACUUUCAUCGCUUAAAUUUUAUAACCAUUGAUGCCUAUAUCUUGAGUGUUUAUUUUGCAAACAAAAAACAGCUUUUCAGGGCGACUAACCACCCAGACUUUUUAGAAAUAGGCUUCCUUGUGUCACACAAGAAUGGUUACAUCUUGGUAUCCAGUUUUUUCCUCAUAACUCCAAAUUGCUCCCAUAACUUAAGAAACACACUCAAAAUUCUAAUGUGACCUGGAUAAAUUGGAUACAGAGCCACCUUGUAAAUGUCUCAGGGUUAAAAUUAAUUAUUAUUAUUUAUUUACUAAUAUAAAUGAAAAAUUAAUGUGCAUUUGAUUGGUUAAAAACAAGUGCAUUUAUCAUUUAACAUGAGUGCAAAGUUGUGACAUAAGUGCAAAUUACAAAAAGUGCUUGAGCGCAGCCAAAAUUUUGUCUGUCUUGACUUUCUGUGAUGUGUUUUUCAUGUAAAUUAUUAACAAGUAACAACAUGAUUUCUUGUGCAAUGUGGUGUAAAUAAGCACUUGUAAAUUUUUAAAAGCUUACAAAUUGCACUCGCCUCAUAGGCUUGUGUUAUUUUAUUGUCUUUGAAAAUUUACUUGUGCUUUAUAACACCAAAUUGCACUCAAAAUCAUAUCGUUACUUAUACAAAUUACUGUUAUUCAUAUGACAGCUGAAGCUUGUAAAUCCAUCUCCUUCUCGUCUUGAGCACCUUGUCACUCAGAUGAAGUGGCGGUUACAGGAAGGUGAAGGAGAAGCAAUUUAUGAGAUUGGUGUUGGAGACAAUGGUAUGUACGUGGGUUUGACUGGGGAAGAGCUGGAGUCUUCCCUGAAGACACUUAAUGUCAUGGCAUCAAAGCUUGGAGCUCAUACUGCUUUAUUAAGGAAAUAUGUUUUGAAAGAUAAUGGUAUUGUUCAUGAUGGUAGACAUGUUGCAGAAGUUCUUGUGAGACGAGUGCCAGAUGAUCAGCAGGUAUGUAAUGAUUUUGUGACAUACAGAUCGAUUCAUGGUGCACAAUGGAAAUGUUUUUGAAAUUUUAUUGCAUGGAGAAGAAGAAUCCAGUCAGACUACAAUUAGCACACUACCAAUAAUGUUGAAUUACUUUGACAUUUGCAUUUUGUAAUAUCCAGUGUGAACUGUCCUGGGAUGGUGAAAUUCCCCAAAUAGUUCCUGUGUUCUUGGUUUUCUAUGUUUGAUAAAAAUGGAAUGACAUGUUGGAAACAUAUACCUCUUUCUCAUCUAAACAUCCACUGUCAUGCUGUCAGACAUCAAUCUCUUUAUUAUUCUCUUAAUCUCUUGUUUACUUACACCCCAUUAAAUGUAAGCAUAAUGAAUCUAUGAAGGAAAAUUGGAUUUUUAGAAUUCAGGCCUUUUUUUAUUAAACAAAGGACUAUUUGUGUACUGAUGGAUAUUUGCCCAAAUCAAGGUGGAUAAAGUUGAAAACCUUGACUUCCAAUUUUAAAGGUGACAGGGAGCAUUUUGAAAUCAGAGCUUCUAAAAAUGAUGGUUUCCCUGCACUUUGUAUUUGUUGUGGGGUGAUAAGACUCCUGUUUCAGCUAAACAACAUUUUGAUAAAAGGGGGUAAGUUUCUAAAGAGACUGUGGUGCUGCAUCAGUGAGAGAGUAUAACAAGAAAAUUUUGUAUUAUCAACUGAGUUGUAAUGUAAAUUGACCACCAUAAAGAGUUUCAAAGCUGACAUUUCGAGUGUUUGCUCUUCAUCAGAGGGAAUGACAUAGGGCUAAGGCUUGAAAUGUCGGCUUUGAAACUCUUAAGGGUGGCCAAUUUAUGUUUUCAACUCAGUCAAUAUCACUGAAUUACCUUCACACUUUGAUCAGCUAUCAUAGCUGAUUAUCAGUAAUUCAAAAAGUUAACAAAUCAAAGUGUUCACCACUUCACGGGUUAAUUUGGAAACAACACAGUGACCAGCUCCCAGUUAGCUUGUUAGCUCAGUUGGUAGAGCACUGCACCAGUAUCGCAGAGGUCAUGGGUUCAAAUCCCAUACAGGCCUGAAUUUUUUUCAGGCCUUCUUUUCACUACUGCUUAAGUAGUGUUCAUAUUUGCGAAGAUCACUUUCAUAUUCACCUCUUUAUCCACAGUUCAAAUAUAUGACUUUCAUAUUUUCACACUGUUUCAAAGUGUAUUAUAAAGAGAAAGAAUUGCAUUUAUUCACCCAAAUUUUCGUGUAUUUAUCUAAUUUAUUUUCAGUUUAUUGACAUAAGACUUGCUGUGUUGGGGAAUGUUGAUGCUGGAAAGAGCACAUUACUUGGAGUCUUGACGCAUGAUGAGCUAGAUAAUGGCCGCGGACGAGCAAGGUUGAAUCUUUUCAGACAUCUUCAUGAAAUACAAACAGGUCGAACAUCAAGUAUCAGCCACGAAAUACUUGGAUUUAGCAGCAAGGGAGAGGUAGGCAAAGAUCGAAAGUUAGCCACAAGAUUUCCUCUGGGCGCACUUGCAAAGAAAAUUGAAAGCUUUGAAUACUCUAUUUCCUUCCUUUAGCACCAAUGUUCUAAUAAGUGCCCUCCCUUGAAUUAGUGCUUCCAUCCCUUCUCUCUUUCUUGAAUGGAAGGGAUACAUGGAAAACAUAUAUCUAUUGCCACUCAAUUUAUAAUUUUUAAAACUUCAACCACAAUGGAAUCAGUACAGUUAAGAAGUUUCUUAAUAAGCACCAUCCUUCCGAGAAGCACCUUUCCUGUUAGGUACUUCAGUUAAAAAAAACUCUUUAAGAAUGCUAUCAAAUGUAAAACCACCUUCACAAUUUGGAUUAAUAGAGAAAAAAGUAACUCAUGUUUUACAUAUACAGUUGUAAUCAUAUUUGGGAAGGUUUAGAAAGGUGGUUUUAAUUUGUCAAUAUUUCACGGUCUUUGAACCAAGUUAUAGUUUUGUAAAUGUUUUAUGUUUACUAGGUUGUAAACUACAGCGAAUCUCGAACGGCAGAAGACAUCUGCGAGCAGUCAGCCAAGUUGAUCACUUUCAUCGAUUUAGCUGGGCAUCACAAGUAUUUACGAACAACAAUCUUUGGUUUAACUGGUCAUUCUCCAGAUUUUGCCAUGCUGGUCAUUGCUGGAAAUGCUGGAAUAGGUAAAGGACUCGUGUCUCAGUAGGGCUGUGAACUCAACUUUUUUCUCAGUUGACGUUUGGCAAAUUGAAAUUGAAAAAGGUUGUUACAAAUUUGAACUUCCAAAUGAAUGAUGGGACCAAAGUUGUGGAAUAAGCUACCAAGUUGUGGAAUAAGCUACCAAGCGAAAUCAGAACCCUCCCAUCAUUAUUUAGUUUUAAAAAUCACAUCCGUAAAUUUGAUUUGAGCGCAAUGGUAGAAGACGACAAUUGUUCCAAUUGUAUCAGUCUAUUCUCUUUUUAAUAAUUCAUCCCAUUAGUCGAUAGUUAACAGGUUUUUAACUAUAUUAUAUUGUUAAUUAUAUUGUUAGGCUUUUUUUAAUAGUUCAUUAGAGACCAGUUAGUAGGUUAUUAACUAUGUUAAGUGUCCCCUAUUAGUAGAGGGGUUUUUAACCCCAUCAGCUAGAUAUUCAAGACACAUUAAUAAAGUUUAUGAUGAUGAUGAUUAAUGAUCAGGAUGACUUUUAUGUCGUUGUGUGAGAUAAACAAUGGUAGCAAAAUCAUUUUAUGUUGAACCAAAUUUACCCCAACGUUAAGUGAACACUUUGACGGUCUGAUUCUCCGAAACAAGCAGAUUCUGUGUUUAUCGUUGUCCCUAUUUGCACUGAUAUCAAAUGGCCCAGUAAGUUGUCUGUCAGCUGUCAAGUUUUGUGGAGAGGAUGGACUGCGUGAGGAAACAAAAUUUUAUAGGUUCUUCCAUUGCAAACUUGGUAAAGAUUUCAGAGGGAAGGAUAAAAACAGUGGCUCUUGUCUUCUUACUUACUAAGUUGAUUUUGUACUUUUUAUGUAUAGUUGGAACUACAAAAGAACACUUAGGCUUGGUUAUGGCAUUGAAAGUCCCAACCUUUGUAAUACUAAACAAGAAUGAUGUUUGUUUACCAACAACAAUGGAACGGACGCGCAGAGUACUUGAUCGACUUUUAAAAUCUCCUGGCUGUAAUAAGGUGCCAAUGGUUGUAAAAACUGAAGACGAUGUUAGUACAGCUGCAAUUAACUUCAACUCGAAUCAGUAAGAUUACAGCUUUCCUAAUUCCUUAUCUUAAUUCAUUGCAUAUGAUUAUAAUAAAAACUAGUGGUUUUUCUUUAUUUCAACGGAACAAACUCUUAAUUAGUUCAGAUGAACCCAGCUGUUUCUAUCAAUAUUAUCGAUAUACUGUCACAAAGUAGCAAUCUUGGAAUCAUAUUUGCCUUUGGUAUGAUUGCUCAGGCCCCGGUUAUUUGAAGGGUGGAGAACGCUAUCCAUUGGAUAAAUCUCUAUCCGGUGGAUAGUGCUGUACGUUUUGUUAAAAGUUAAGAUUGAUAUCCGCAAUAGGAAAAAAUUCAGUUGCGAAGAGCACAAAAGAUGUUACUGACUUUGGCGGAACACUUUUUAAAAGUAAGAUGUGAAGUUUUUUCUUAUUGAAUUAAAUUAAUCUGUUAAAACAGCCUGUAUAUCUUGAUGCGACUUAUCACCACCAUUAUAACAAUAUAAUAAUAUAAUUAUUCGCCUUAGGCUCAGUGACUAUUGUUGAAUAAUUCUCGCAACAACAUUCUCAGCGACUUCGGCGAACAAUUCGGCUAAAUAUGAAUAGCAGUUUUAAAUGUUUUCUGUACAAUGAACUUGGAAGUGUAAAGCGUGCGCGCCAAAAGGAGCGCGAAGCACAAGGUAAAUGCAACUCUCUUCCCACCCCUACCCCCUUGGCUAAUUUUUUUAUAAAAAAUUUUUAUUUUUCAUCCUCGCCGCUCUUAUUUUUCUGGCGCUCUAGAGAAUUAGAUGGAGAAAAGAGGAGAUCAGCCGAAAGGUCGUACAAGUGGCCAUUUGAAUUUCCUGAAGCUUCGGCAAAAUAAUCGCAAGUUUUAGUUUGUUCGUGGUUCGAAUUAUCGGAAUCCAACUGUAGUUUUCCAUCUGAGAGGCUGGUGCAUGUUUAAAAGACUAAUAUUGUAUUGAAGAUAAUUCAAGCUAAUUCAAUUUCAAGUACUUUAAAAAAAAAAAAGAAAGAAAAUUGCUUUUAUACCAGUAUCUUUUAUCCCUAGGGUUACUCCCAUCUUUACAGUGUCUUGUGUGGAUGGAGAAAAUCUCAAUCUGGUCAAGAAAUUUCUCAAUCUAGUGCCUCCAUCGCGAUCACCCACGGACCAGGAGAAACUAGCCCAAAAACCAACAGAAUACCAGGUAUGAGGAAGUUUCAUUUCGCCUGUAGUUAGUCGAGACAGGCAAAGGAGCAGACAAGCGACAAGUGGUGCUGGUGAAGGAAACAGCCGCUGACCCCCGCCGUUUGUCGCGUGCUCGCUAUUUCACUCAUUUCCACCAACCAAGAUGCUUGGACAGGGUAUUAUGACGUUCUGAAUCAGGGCGUGGCUAUGGCAACCGAGAUUUAGGGGGCUCAUGCACCUCUUCAAAGUGAGGUGGAAUUUCUUACAAUUUAAUGAACUUAUAUCACAGUAACUGUAUGUUGGUCAAACUUCUUAUUUGGGGAAAAAGAAAAACUUUGGUUUGCUGAAAUACCAGGCAGCUUGACUGCUAAUUCCACCCACAGGUAGUAUUCUUUAACUUUUACACUUCCUUUACCGUGUUAAAGAAGUUCACAAAUAUUCUUAGGACUUAAGGUUACUCAAUAAUCAGAGAAAUACAUUGUAUUAUGUAUUUUAAGAAUUUUUUUUCCUACUCAUUAAUUUUUGAACUGCUUUCAUUUUCCAGGUGGAUGAAAUAUUCAAUGUUCCAGGGACUGGGCCGGUUGUGGGUGGCACUUUAGAGAGGUAAACAGUAAUAAACGACAUUGAUAACACUGGCGCCCAAAAGAAUGCUGGGAUUGGUCAACCGAGUAUCAGGUCCCUCGUGUGUCAAGUUCCUUUAUUUGUCUUGCGUAUCAUUACUGGGUGUGGUCUAGUCAACGUUUUAGGCCUCAGUAAAAGCUUGAUAGCUUACGGUUUCUACCAUCUGUAACGUCACAUCACAACUGACCAUUGGAAAAUUAAAGCAGUUGUCUCAAUAUUCUCACGCAUGAUUGUCGGUUCUUAAAACCGUUUUGCAUAGAUUAAGCAUCGCGGUGUGAGUUUAAUUUUUGCGUCUAGGGGGGUUGCAAUCAAUGUCGAAGUUCUCAGUAGUUAUGAAGUCUUAUCAUGGAUUUAAGGAUUUAAUUCGAUUCUUUAGAGGAGUACUUCGCGAAGGAGAUCAACUUCUACUCGGUCCGUCCACGAGUGGUAACUUUCAGCCAGUGACUGUGUUAUCAGUGAAAAGGAACCGCGCCUCCUGUAGGGUCGUUCGAGCAGGCCAGGCUGCUUCGGUAGCGAUCAGCGGUAUCGACAGGAAUUUACUAAGGAAGGUAAGUUCAGAACACAAAAUGCGCCAUCUCAUUACUCCUAGCCGUAUUCGAGCGAUAUCUAUCUUUUUAUGAAUCUUUCCCUAAUUUUUCUCCAAAUAUUGACAAGACCCGAAAAAUUAGUGUUAGACCAUGUACACUUGAUUUUUGCGCCUGUAGGAAAAAGUUGGUUUUGUUAAAAUUAUCCAGAGCUGAGUCUGGAAAUUAACUCGAUUUCGCUUUGGUCUUGCAUGCUACUUCUUGUGCUAAGGCCGAAAGCGUGCACCAGUCUCUUUGCCAAUCAGAUUCGAAAGGUGCGUUUUCCGUGGUUGAGUAACACUGAGGCGUUUUUUUUUUUCCUUUCUCGUUUUUAUUGGCUUCUUGGAGUUCUUAGCUUUUUCGUAAUUUGCCGUCGUCUCUUCUUUGGUUUUGGUUUUAUAGUGCUGUGUUGAAAAGCGUCUCCAUUCAAAUUUCGAGCAGCUACGACUAGAAACUGAUAUGAUUUUGUCAAGAUUGCUCCAGCUUUCACCAUUCUUAAAAUGUCACGGAGUGUAGUUUCUUUUAGUGCUCCUUGCUAACUAAACAUCUUAAUUUGUACGUUCGUCAGGGCAUGGUUCUAACUGAUCCUGUUCAAAAACCUCAUUCCUGCAUUGAAUUCUGGGCUGAUGUAUUUCUUCUCUAUCACACCACAUCAAUAAGCAGACGCUUUCAAGCUACUGUGUAUAUUAGAAAUGUUAUUCAAACAGCUGUUAUCGAGGAAAUGAACAAGGUACGAAUUGAAAUGCAGUGAUGUUUCAUGCUCGUAAUUUAGUGUUAACAACUGGGUUGAAAACGUAAAUUAGCCACCGUAAAGGGUAAAAAAGCUGACGUUUCGAGCGUUAGCCCUUUGUCAGAGCAAUAGACGAAGGGCUAACGCUCGAAACGUCAGCUUUUUUACCCUUUACGGUGGCUAAUUUACGUUUUCAACCCAGUUGUUAACACUAAAUUACCUGCUAUACUCUCCCACCGACGCAGCACCACAGUUUCUUUAGAAACUUACCCCUUUAUAUUUUAUGCUCGACUAGUAAAUGUAAACCUCUCUCGAGGGUAAUAUUCCUUGUGUGAAAUUUUUUUUUUUUUUGUGGUAAAAGCGGUUUCACUUGCUUUCUAACAAGAAGCUCCUAGGUAACUGACGGCAACUCUAAACCAAUUAUAAUUGAUUUUUUUAAAUUUCUCGUGGUAUUCUUUCCAACGUAGUUUUUUUACUGAUGUUCUUGCGACUUCCAAAAUCUUGACGAAGAUUCCUUGUGUUGCAUUGACAGGAAUCCUUGAGGACCGGUCAAAGAGCAAAAAUACGGUUCAGGUUCAUGAAACAGCCAGAGUAUGUUCGCCAAGGAUCAAGGAUCUUUUUCAGGGAAGGACAUACUAAGGGUGUUGGACAGGUUCUGAACGUUAUUUACCAUAACCCUGACACCAACAGAUGACAGCAGACGAUCACAAUUCUUACUGAUACUAUAUACUCACAGAGGGCUGGGGCCCACAACACAGAGGGAUUAGGGAGAGUGGAUGCCAAUCCUCACGCUGCUUGUCUGCAGAUCCAGUCUAAACAGCGUGUUAACCGUGCCUUUUGGAUAGACACUUCACU